AUGAAUGCUGCUCUUAAUGCCCCACCAGUUGCUGCAGUUGAGCUACCAGAUAAUUCCAAUUCAGGUGAAAUACCUCAUGGCGAAUGGACUGAGCAGUUUGGUGAGGCUGUCGAGACCGGCUCCACAGAUUCUAUCAGAAGUACCGUAUACGCUGCUCCCCGAGACGGUCAAGACCAUUCUUCAUGGAUAUCCCGUGACACUGUGUCUUUGCUAGGAAGUAUUGUCUUUUACUUGCUCAUCAUCGUCAUGAUAGCCCACUAUGCUCGCUGGACAUAUGUAUACCUCAAAAAGAAGGUGGAAAGAAAUCGAAACCUAGGAGAUCUUCUGCAAAGAAGACAACAGCAAAUCACCUUAGCUUCUAUACCCAGAUCUAAGAGGAACAUUUUCAGAAAUCUGUACGAGAGAAACUGGACUGGUGGUCAAGUCAAUGAUCCGGAAAUGGCAUUGUCCAUCCAGCAGCAGCCUGCUCAGCUACCUUCCUACGACCAAGCAGUCAAUGGAUCAUAA